AUGUCGCCAAGGAUGGAAUGGAGAAAGGGUGGGCAAAAGAUACCCGUGCUCAACGAGCUAGAGCGGGCUCUGCAUCUGUUACGAGAAGGGGAAAAUCUCGCAGCUUCUUCAUUUCGCAACGCGGGGGUGGAUAUGAUUACCCGAGGGGCAGAAAUACAAAAGUUCCUGUCCCUCGUCGGUCCAAUGGUCAAGCCCGCCGACAUCCGCCAAGAUUCAAUCGAACUAGGGGCGGAGGGGGCCUGGUUCCCUCCUUCUAGACCGCUGACGUGA